AAAAACAUCACCAUCAAAGUAUCAAGAAAUAUAUAAGAGAAUCCUUUGUUUUCUGGCUUUUUGUUGGCUUUCUUUUGGAAGGACAGAAAAGGGUAUAGAGGAGCUGGUAAUUUUUUGGAACCGUUGCUACAUCCCCGUCUCGCUCUAUUUUUAACUACACUCUUGUGGCAUGCCUUUACAACGACAUCCUAACCAAACCCGCGUAAAUCUGCCCGUAUGAGAGAUUGAGGAGGAGUUUUUUUUCUGAAAUUCGAAAAUUCACAAGUCAAAACCAAAAAACAUGAAUGUUAAAACAGUCUCUCGUCUUUAAACUCCUCCCGACACACACAUUUUUGUUUCUUUUAUUCUCUUUUUCGUUGUGUGGCAAAUUAUUAAGACUUGUUAUAUUCAAGUGGCGUAAAAAGGUCCCCUCCCCACCUCUGUCCACUGUACCUCCUGGCACUUUUUGAGACUACAAAUUCACGCCCCGCGCCUCAGUUAUAUCUCAUGUUCAGUGGUCUCCUCUCCCCCUUAUCUCUCCCUCUCUCCCUGCCUCUCUCAGCAAAACAAGAGCUUCUUAACCCCGAAGCCAAACUCCUCUGUUUUCCUCUGUUUUUGCUCUCCUUCCAUAUAAUCUUUGGCAGGUUUCUUGCAAGUUCUUGUUUGUAUCUGUCACAUAACCUGUACAAAUAGCUUACGCAAUGGCAACUAUGGUUUGCCAGGGUUUGCAGUCUUGCCUCGAGUCUGCUAUUGUUGAGUCAAGAACACUAAGACUUAGAUUAUCUUCACCAAAUCUCUCUUUCGCUCAAUCCCUUGAACUAGCCUUGAAGCCUUGUUUAUUAGAUUCUGAUCCCAAAGAAGUGAGUGGCAAAUGCCACUAUGAGGAAACUAGCCACAAAACUAGCUUCCUCCAUGAUAUGCAUACAUCUUCAAAUCCUGAUUUGGGUGGCUCGAGCUUCCUCCAAGCUCUCUCCACCAGUACCGAAGGUCCCAAAGAAUCAAUGGGGAAAGGAAAUAUAUACGUUCAUCCUCUAAUUAAUCGUUCCUCUUCAAUGCUCAGUGGAAAGAGCCUGGAAUUAUGCACGGAGAGUUUAGGUAGCGAAAGUGGUAGUGAUAUGAUUGAAAGCAGCAUUUUCUCGUGGUCUUCAUCAGACUCAAGAGCAGGAAAUUCUCCAGCUGGGGAGCAACAGAAAUCGCGUCAACUUUUGGGAGCUAAGAAAGCGAGUUCUCGUAGCUAUCCACCUCCCUUGACAACGAUGAGUGGAUCAAAGUCUCUACAAGUUAGGGCCCACCGCGGAGAUGGAAGGUUGAUAAUCAGAGCCGUCGAGGCUCCAUCAAGACACACUUAUUUACAUGCUGAAAGAAGGGAUGGCCGCCUUCGAUUGAGCUUUAUCAAAGAUUCCACUUCUGAUUUUGACUCAAUGGGCGUAGCUUCCACGGAAAAAGAUGAAGGCAACAGCAAAGAAGAUGAGAUUGAGAAUGACAUGGAUUAUGAUGAAGUAGAUGACUCGGAUGUCGGGGAGUUAGGAAACGUCGGUGCAUGCUUUGAAGAAGAGGCUGAGAGUACUGAUGAUUUGGACGUUCAUGCUGAGAUGGGAAUGGAGGAGUUUCAAAGACCAACAAGGUGCAAAGAAGGUGAAACGGAGAAGAAAGGAUUGUUAAACUGGGAACCUUUUUGGGUGGCUACAUCAUAAAGUUUUAUUUUGGAUCUCUGUAGUAUAAUUAAUCAAUUUCUACAAUUCUCAGUUUGUCCCUUCCCCUUUUUGUUCCCUUUGCUUUUUCGAAUGGAAUUUCUCUUUUCUCCCA